AUGGAAAAUCCCAAUGUAUGCCUCCCUGCCCGUAUUCAGGUUCCUAUUCCUGCAGUAUACGAUGUUUGCAGAGACGCCCGCCCCGUUGUUCAUCGCUGGAUGGCCAAGAACAACAUCCAAUGGUAUGAUCGCCUGGAAACGGGUGAACAUAUUCUUGUCCGGCCAUUUGAUGUUCAGAGAGAUAUACUCUACGUGCCUCAAAAUGACUGGGAUAUCUUUGAAGGGUUCGUCAAUAGCGAUGAGCAUGACCCCGAGGAGCACCAGAGCAUGUGCAACAAAAUAAUCAACCUCGGAGUCGCAGCUCAUACCGUGACGCACUUACAAUGUGCUGAAGGUAUUGUGAGACUAAUGCUACGGGCAUCCAACCUCAACAAGAUAUACACAAUCUUCAGCGACCUCCCUCGCGUCAGAACAGUCACACUGCACCUACCAUCGUACCGCCAGUGGUGGGGCAACGUGCCAGUUCAGCAACGAUGUGAGUUGGCUUCGCAGCCGAAGCCUAACGAGACGGUUCAUGUUCAUCGGCUGGAUAGGCAUGAACACCUGGACCAUGUUGAAAAGAAUUAUCUUAGAAAUUGGCAGAAGGAAAUGAAUGAGGUUUGGCGGACAGUGAUGGAUGAAUUCCCAGACAUUGCUCACAGCGCUACCGGGGAGCUCAAGGCGCCCAGAGUUGAUGUUUCCAUCAUGGAGGUGCCUACUUGGGAUACUGUGCAAGCAGGGCCUCAUACAUCGACCAAGUCAUCGUUGAAAGCAGCCAUUAACUGGACGCACAAUGCAUCACCUAAAAGAGGCCACGCAGUUACAUAUAUAGACUUGGCCCGUAACGAAAUUGCAUUUCAGCCGAUCCCUUGCAAGGCUCAUGUUACGUUGUCCACGGCACUAAUUGGCGGUAUGAAACUGGAAGACAGAAAGUCAGAGACGCGCUUCAGCGCGUCUCUGACCUUGAUUCUUUCACAUCACUUACACCACAACCGCAUUUUUUACCAUCAAUACAACAAAUUCAGUGAAUCUUUUGAACUCAAAAUGGGCCAGUUAUUUCCUCAAUUUACUAGACUUCCACCAGAAGUGCGUGCCGCUAUUUGGGAGCACACACUCCCUGAAGGAGAUGGUGGUGCCGCCUUAUACAUGUACAACAUGGACUGGUGGGCACAGUACUCUCCCCCUGGCGUUGCAUUUCACGACAUGACUACUCAAGGCAUUCAAAAAUUGAGCCGGACUCCUCGUGUUCAAGUGCCUAUUCCCACUUGUGCUGCCGUAUGCAAAGAGGGUCGACGAGUGGUUGAGCAAUGGAGGAAAAAGAAUAACUUGGGGUGGUAUUUUCGCGAAGAGACCAAAGGCGAUAUCCUCGUUCGUCCUUUUGACGCUGAGCGAGAUAUUCUCUAUGUUUCUCGACUUAAAUGGGAAUCCUUCCAACUUCUGGCCGUGGAUUGGGAGAAUGAUGAUGAACACGCUGCCGUCGUUCGUAUAAUGGAAAGCAUCAAAUACCUUGCACUCCCGGCAUUCACAGCUUACUACAGCAUCAGCACCAUCGCGGCUCUACUUCCAUGGAUGAAAAACAUCAAGACCAUCUACGUCGUGUGGAACAAACUCCCCAAAGCCCAUACAAUCAAGAGACCGCCGCCUGAUGUAGCAGAGAUAGCAGACAUCAAAGUAACACUGGACGCACCGGUGCAGCCACGAUGGGAACAUGAUACGUUCCUGCAGCGUGAGAAUACGGUUGAGCUUCAUCAGCCUGAUGAAGAUACGGGUCGUGACUUUGUUGAAGAGGGUGAGCUUGCGGAGUGGCUUGAUGAUAUUGAUGAUUUGUGGAACACCACUGAGGUUGACCCGGAGAUUUGGGAUGAGGAUGAGGAGAAGUUGAAGACGCCGCAGGUUCAUGUAACUGUGAAGGAGUUGCCUACUUGUUUCUCUCUAACUUAUACUGCCUCCAAAGAAUAUACGAUCAGAUCCAUCGAAGAAACACGUGCUUCGAUACCUGGUUAUGGAUCGCUCACCAGAUCCAACCAUAUGCAGAUCACAGUAUCUGCAUCUACACCACCAUGGCAAAUACAACAACCCCAUCUAAGAACCAAAAUGACACAUCACCCAUCCAGAAUUGACCAGACCAUCACCAAGACCCCUACUAAUACCCUCCCGGCUCAACCAAAGCCCACUCACCGCAAGAUAAGCCCAACAUCACAUCAGAUCAUCGAUAUCAAGAACCCUCCCAGCCCAUACGUAAGAGGCCACGAACCCAUUGACGUCUCUGAUGUGCAUCUUACUUGA